CGCCAGGCCUGGAGGCACCCUUGGUUUCUAUAUGACAAGCGUUCACGUGCAGCUUGCUCAGCGCACAGGCGCGUGGGCUCUGGCCCCCCCGCUCUCAUGGGUGCCCUGUUUCAAACCAUGAAGGUCGGGAGCUGGCGUGCACCCGGUGCCUUGGGUUCGCCCAGAACACCCACCUGGAGACACUGACCGCUCAGGUGAGCAAAAUGCCUGCUCAGGAACCGGUCCCUUCUCCCUCCCCGCGUUCAUGGCUGCUUCCCCCUGGGACCUCGCUCCAGAUGCAGACGGGUGUGUCCAGGCAGGUGGCUCCUGAACACCCCUGAGGACUUUCUGCAACAUUCUGGAAGCCCUUGCCAAGUGGCCACGUCUUCCAGAACGCCCUGUGUGCUUCCUGCCUCCACGCUGGGCUCCUGCUAAGUUCUCACAUAGAGAAGAAAUUCAGGAAGGGGCGUCAGGUGGCCGGCAGUCCCGGAGGCCCCCGAGCCUUCUCCCUGACCAGGAACCUGCGGGGGGACGGCACGCUUUCCGGGGGGUCGGUGCCCAGACAGGCUGAGGCUCCAGGUCAGCCGCGAGCCCGCUCGAUCAAGGCCGAGGGUCACGGUGAGGGUGAGAAGGGACCCGCGCAGGGUGGAGGUGGGAGGGGGAGGGGGAGGGGCAGCUCGCCAGGGCCUCCGCAGGGGGAGCGGGGAGCGAGCAGGUCUGUCCCGCCGCCGCACGCAGGUGGCAGCGCGCGGGGGCGCGGACCCCACGGACCCCCUCGCGGGCGGAGCGGGGGGAAGGGGGGUCCUCUCUCGUCCCCUCCCCUUCCCCGCGUCCCCUUCCCCGCGCCACGCCCCCCCCUGCCGCCGAGCGAAAGCUAAUUGGGCAGAGAAAGGGCCCGAUUGUCUGCGCGCCGGAAGCGCGGGCGUGGGCGGCUGGAAGCGCCGAGAAGGUGGCCGGCCUCGCCCGGCAGCUGCCGCCGGAGCCGCCCGGGGGUGACGUCAGCGCUGGCGAGCGGGGAGCCCGGCGGAGAGGGGGGCGCUCGCGGCCUCGCCACAAUGCGACCAUUGUGGGCCCGUGAAUGCGGCCGGGCCUCUUGACCGGGGAGGCCGCGAGCCUCGCGCUCUGGCCUGUCACUCGCCGCCGCCGGGGAGGCCCGGGCUCCGAUCGGGGGGAGCAGGGGAGCAGGCCCCUCCCCCCCCCAGGCACAGCCCGCACCCCAGUGGGGGCCCCCACCCUCGGCAUGGCCUCCUGGUGGGAGGGAAGCACGGGCCCUGACCCACUCCUGGUCCUGCUGGUCAUUGUCCUGUUAGCCCGCUUCAUUCUCUGGUCCUGCCUCGGGACCUACAUAGACUAUAAGUUGGCCCGGCGGCACCCCCAGAAGCCCAAGGAGGACUAGGGCCUCUGCCGGCCGGGGACUCUGAGCGUCACCCUCCCCGCCGCCAGCCCCUCCAGGAGGGCGCUGCCCCAGAGGCGUCCUCUCCUGAGCCAAGGGCCUGCGGGGAGGGCCAGGCCACCGACCCCUGGCUCCUACCCGCAGGGCAGAGAUGGACCGUGGCGCCCCACCCACUGGCCCUGAGCUGUCCUGGUCACCAGCCCGUCCCAUGUCGGGACAGAGGGGCCACCACGGCCUGUCUGUCCGUCCGUCAGGGUCUGGGGUCCGCAGCUGGAGGGAGCGAUCGUGGGGGGCGCGGUCCGCUCUGCCUCCACGUCUUUGUAAGUAUGUUUGCGGGAGGAGGUGGGGAUGAGCCACAGGGGCUGGGGUGGGCGCCGAGGGGACAGACGUGGCCACGUCACGAGCCAGCCCUGCCACCCAACGCUGCCUUGCCCCUCGGCUUCCUCCUGCCCCCCGGAGGGAUAAUAGUAAGUUCAGACGGCUGCCUUGGUUUCCCCAGAGCAGACCCCCAGAGGGUCUCAGGACAGGCUCGACACCUGAGUUCGAGUCCGGCUCUGGUUGGCCGCGGCGAAGGAAAUCUCUGUCUCUAAAAUGGGCACAAUAAUCCCUCCCUCCUCAGAAGGGUACGAGGAGGGUUGGACGAGGGGCGGGGCGGCAGCCCCCCCAGCCUGCACCCUGCUGGACUCGUGGAGGACAGUGCAGGAGAGAAACCAGGGACCCAGUGAGUGCCUCUCUCCCUCGGUGCUUGGACGCGCCUCAGAAGGCGGGCAGGCGGGAGGGUUGACUCGGGCCCCAGGAGCCGGCGCCUGCCCGUCACACCCCGCCUCGGAGCGGCACCCGGUGGCUCUGAGGUUCUCGACCUGGUGGCUCCUUCUAAUCACCCUGCGGAUUUUAGCAAACACGAUGGCCGGGCUCCCCAGACGGAGAAGCGGGGGCAGGGACAAGAUGUCCCUGGGAGGCUGGCGCCUGGUUGCACAGGACCGGGGACACCUGUCAGAGCAGAGUCUUAGGGAGCUGGUGUUGCUGACCUGGGCCAGCAGACUCGGGAAGGCCCGGCCCGGCGCCACCCGUCUUGCCUUGCGGCGUCCUGGCAGAGGGACUGCAGGCCCGAGCCGGGGGAGCGGGGGGACCUGAUGAACUCACCGGCACCGAGGAGAUCUAGUUUUGCUCCCGAAGGACCUGCCGUGCUCCAGGCAACCUCAGGGCCCGGGGAGCCGGUUGGCGGAAGCGGGGACCUUCUGGGGGCGGGGCUGACCCACACGAGAGAUUUUGAUGGGGGGUUGUCUGUGGGCGGAUGGCCGAUGAGGCUCUUUUCUUCUGGAUGACGGUCCAGAGAGUCUGUGUGGUCGUGGUGGCGGGGAGGGGGGGCGCUUGGUGUGCGUUGAUUCAUCAGGGGCUGGAGGGCGGCUGUCCUGGGGGGUUGUGGGAGCAACAGAACUCACGCCCCCACCGCGUCCAGAACCUGAUGGUAGGGGUCCGGGGAGGAGGUGUUCUCGCUGCCCUGAAGGAAAACGGCGUUCAAUGCCCUUUUAAAAUCACGCGUGAUUUUACUGGUCUUUUUAAGAAGAACCACAUGUGUUCUCAGGAUCGGGUAUCAAAGGAGGGCGGGUGGCCAUUCAUUCCGGUUCGCCUGGGACGGACCCAGGUUUAACACGGGACGUUCCCGGUCCCGGGAGACCCCUCUACCUCGCGCAAAGCAGGCCCCGCCCCCACCCGAGGGAGGAGAAGUCCCAGCACACAGCGUGUUAAUGGGUCUCCAGUCGCGGACCUGCGUGUCAUCUGCGUGCAGCCCGCGUGUGCACACGGGUGCGUGUGAUGGCGCUUCGGCCCAUACUUGAGGUGCGCCGUUUGGUCCAGUGAGCCAGGAUGCUGGGGCUCUCACCGCCGCCCCUGCUGUUGGGGUGGCCUGGCAGAGGGGACGGAAGCCGGAGGCUCCUGCCAACGUGGGACCGUUCCAGAAAACCAGAUUGUGCCAGGGCUGCUUGAGCCCCUUUGGAGUUACACUGGUCGGUACCUUUCCUCCCCCCGCCGCCGAAGCCAGUUUGCGUUGUGUCCUGAUUCACAACGGAUACGUUCUGCUGGGCGCGGGUCUCUGCAGCGAUGCACCAGGCCAGCCAUCUACAGCCUUAUGACGCCUGCCCGGCUCAGAACAGGCACUCGAGCCGCGGCGUCUGAGUGAAUGACAGGAUGUGCCCUGGCCUGAUAUCGCGCAGCAACCACAUCUAGCUGCAGGUGACAGACGAGUAAACAGUGACUUAAACGAGAGAAGACUUUUGUUCCCCUUUCAUGUUUAUUUUCUCGUGUAGCAAGAGGUCUGGCACUUGGGAUUCCCGGACCGGGGUAUGGCAGCCCCAUGAUAUUAUCACGGGCUCAGAUCCUUCCAUAUUUCUGCUCUCACGUGCAGCUUCGGUCUUUAUGGUCACAAAAAGGCUGCUGCUACUCCAGGCAUCCUGAGUGACGUUCCAGGCAGGUAGAGAAAAAAGGGUGAUAGAGAGGGAGAGGCAAUUCUCUGACACCUAAAACCCUUAGGUUUAUAUCUCAUAAACCAGAGUCAUGUCACAUGACACCCCUACAUGCAGGGGCGGCUGAGAAGUGGAGUUUGUUAGCGGGGCUCAUUGCCACCCUAGAUCAUGUGAGGAUUCUAUUAUAAAGGAAGGCUACAUAGGGGCUUCUGGGUGGCUCAGUCGGUUAAGCCUCCGACUUCGGCUCAGGUCAUGAUCCCACGGUUCGUGAGUUUGAGCCCCGCGUCGGGCUCUGAGCUGUCAGCCCAGAGCCCGGAGCCUGCUUCAGAUUCUGUGUCUCCCUCUCUCUCUGUCCCUCCCCUGCUCGUGCUCUGUCUCUCUCUGUCUCAAAAAUAAAUAAAACAUUAAAAAAAUUAAAUAAAGGAAGGCCAUGUGGAUAUUAGACGGGCAACUGGCCGUCUCUGCCACUGACCCUUUGCCAUUCGUUGCAAUUGUCCUCAUUUGGGACACGAAAUGCUGAUGGGUAAAUGAAUGAUAACGAGGGCCAGCAGACGGAUAAAUGGAGGGGGAGAUGUUGUGCUCAACCCGCAAGCAUUGUUCAGCCCUCACAAUGUGAAAGCACCGUGGAUACAAUGUAGAAAACACAGCGGCUUGCAGGCUGGGAGCUGAGAAGUGGGCAGAGAGACCCGGACCCUGGUCACGGAUGCUGGAUCUGCACUAGGCAUACGUGGCUAUUAAGUACUGGAAGGGUGGUCAGUGCCAAUGAAGAGAUACUGAUUGAAAUGAUACAUUACCGAAAUGAUAAUAAUAUUUUGGACACGACUGGGUUCAAUAAAAUACUAAAAUUCA